AUGGGCGCGCUUCUUUCAAUUCCGAUGCUGGCUUUGCCCAGCGCCGGCACCAUAUUUUCUGUCGCGGCUUCAUGCUGUGGCGCAGCGACAUGCUCUGCUGUAUGCAGCGCUUGCGGCAAGUUUCAGAGCAGCAUGGCAACGAGAAUCGCUUAUGCCGUAAUCCUACUCCUUAACUCGAUUGUCUCGUGGAUUAUGCUCACGCCGUGGGCUCUAGAAAAGCUAGAGCACCUUACAAUGGAUUAUAUGAAGAUUCGAUGCGACGGGAAAGAGUGUCAUGGCUGGGUCGCCGUCCAUCGCAUCAACUUCGGUCUUGGCCUCUUCCACCUGAUUCUCGCUUUGCUACUUCUCGGUGUGAGGUCUUCCAAAGACAGCAGGGCCGCCUUACAGAAUGGUUUUUGGGGUCCAAAAAUACUUGUCUGGAUUGGCUUCGUCGUCAUGUCAUUCUUCAUCCCGGAAUCCUUCUUCUUUGUCUACGGCCACUACAUCGCUUUCGUUGCUGCCAUGUUAUUCCUACUUCUUGGCCUCGUCCUGCUUGUCGACCUUGCUCACUCAUGGGCCGAGCUCUGUCUGGAAAAAAUUGAAGAUAGCGACUCUCGCCUUUGGCGGGGGUUGCUGAUCGGCUCUACCAUGGGAAUGUAUAUUUCAUCGAUCGUCAUGACAAUUCUGAUGUAUGUUUUCUUCGCCAAGAGUGGUUGCUCAAUGAACCAGGCUGCGAUUACCGUCAAUUUGGUCGUCUUCUUGAUCAUUUCCUUUAUCUCGGUGCAGCCCGCAAUCCAAGAAUAUAAUUCUCGGGCCGGUUUGGCGCAGGCUGCCAUGGUUACCGUAUAUUGCACCUACUUGACAAUGUCUGCCGUGUCUAUGGAACCUGAUGAUCACCAAUGCAACCCUCUUCUCCGUGCUCGUGGCACCAGGAACGCCAGCAUUGUCCUCGGUGCAAUCGUCACCAUGGCUACGAUUGCUUAUACCACUACUCGCGCUGCUACGCAGGGGAUUGCCCUUGGAUCCAAGGGUGGACACAACUAUUCUGCACUUGGAACAGACGCAGAUGAGCAUGGCCUUGUGACUACUCAACCCACGGCUCGACGUGAAAUGAGAGCGGAGGCCCUCCGUGCUGCUGUUGAAAGCGGCAGUCUUCCUGCCAGUGCUUUGGAUGAGAGUGAUGAUGAAGACGAAGACUAUGAUGUCAAGGAUGAUGAGCGCGGGUCAACCCAAUAUAACUACUCUUUAUUCCACAUCAUCUUCUUCCUGGCUACAACAUGGGUAGCUACUCUACUUACGCAGAGGUUGGACCCAGAGACUGAAGGCAAUUUUGCACCAGUCGGUCGAACCUACUGGGCUUCUUGGGUCAAGAUCAUUAGUGCAUGGGUUUGCUAUGCGAUCUAUUUGUGGACGCUUGUGGCUCCAACACUUAUGCCUGACCGAUUCGACUACUAG